AUAAACUCCUUUCAACCCUCUUAGAAAAAGACUAUUAAAAAUUUUGGUACAUUCAUUAUUCAGCAUGCUUAUUAUGUGCACUAUUUUAACCAACUGUGUAUUUAUGACUAUGAGUAACCCUCCGGAAUGGACAAAGAAUGUAGAAUACACAUUCACUGGAAUUUAUACCUUUGAAUCACUAAUAAAAAUUCUUGCAAGGGGCUUCUGUUUAGAAGAUUUCACUUUCCUCCGGGAUCCCUGGAACUGGCUGGACUUUACAGUCAUUACGUUUGCGUAUGUAACAGAAUUUGUAAACCUAGGCAAUGUUUCAGCUCUUCGAACUUUCAGAGUAUUGAGAGCUUUGAAAACUAUUUCUGUAAUCCCAGGCCUGAAGACCAUUGUGGGAGCCCUCAUUCAGUCAGUGAAGAAGCUGUCAGAUGUCAUGAUCCUGACUGUCUUCUGCCUGAGCGUGUUUGCACUAAUAGGGCUGCAGCUCUUCAUGGGCAACUUGAGGCACAAAUGCUUGAUCUGGCCACCAGACAACUCUACCUUUGAAAUAAACAUAACUUCCUACUUCGACAGCACACUGGGAGAAAAUGGCACCUUUAUUAACACAACAGUGACCACAUUUAAUUGGGCAGAGUAUGUCAGUGAUGAUAAUAAUUUUUACUUCUUGGAAGGACAAAAUGAUGCUUUGCUGUGUGGCAAUGGCUCAGACGCAGGUCAAUGUCCUGAAGGUUAUAUGUGUGUAAAGGCUGGUAGAAACCCCAAUUAUGGCUAUACAAGUUUUGAUACCUUCAGCUGGGCCUUCUUGUCACUUUUUCGGCUGAUGACACAGGACUACUGGGAAAAUCUUUACCAAUUGACUUUGAGAGCGGCUGGCAAAACGUACAUGAUCUUUUUUGUCCUGGUGAUCUUCUUGGGCUCUUUCUACCUGAUCAACUUGAUCCUGGCUGUUGUUGCCAUGGCUUAUGAAGAGCAGAAUCAAGCCACAAUGGAAGAAGCAGAGCAGAAAGAGGCAGAGUUUCAGCAGAUGCUUGAGCAGCUGAAAAAACAACAAGAAGAAGCUCAGGCAGCUGCUUUAGCUGCAGCAGCAGAUGAAUCCAGAGAGUUCAGUGACGUCGGUGGUGUAGGAGGAUUCUCAGAGAGCUCAUCAGCAACAUCAAAGCUGAGUUCAAAAAGUGCAAAAGAGAGGAGAAACAGGCGGAAAAAGAGAAAACAGCGAGAACAGUCUGAAGGAGAUGAAAAAGAUGAGGAUGAAUUUCACAAAUCUGAAUCAGAGGACAGCAUCCGAAGGAAAGGCUUCCGAUUCUCCAUUGAAGGAAACAGGCUGACUUACGAAAAAAGGUUCUCUUCCCCACAUCAGUCUUUGCUGAGCAUUCGUGGCUCCCUGUUUUCACCAAGGCGUAGCAGCAAAGCAAGCCUUUUCAGCUUCAGAGGCCGAGCAAAGGAUAUAGGAUCAGAGAAUGAUUUUGCAGAUGAUGAGCACAGCACCUUCGAAGACAACGAGAGCAGAAGAGAUUCUCUCUUCGUUCCUCACAGACAUGGCGAGAGGCGCAACAGUAACAUCAGCCAGGCCAGUCGAUCAUCCAGAAUGGUGCCUGUGCUUCCAGCCAAUGGGAAAAUGCAUAGUACCGUGGACUGUAAUGGGGUAGUUUCCUUAGUUGGUGGGCCACCAGUUCUUAUGUCACCAACAGGUCAACUUUUGCCUGAGGGUACCACUACAGAAACAGAAUUAAGGAAAAGACGAUCAAGUUCUUAUCACAUGUCCAUGGAUUUUCUCUCUGAUCCUACUGCAAGGCAAAGAGCUAUGAGCAUAGCCAGCAUACUCACCAACACAAUGGAAGAACUUGAGGAAUCCAGACAGAAAUGCCCUCCCUGUUGGUAUAAAUUUGCUAACAUGUGCUUAAUCUGGGACUGCUGCACUCCAUGGUUAAAAAUAAAGCAUAUUGUUAAUCUGGUUGUGAUGGAUCCCUUUGUCGACCUUGCUAUCACUAUCUGUAUUGUUCUGAACACUUUAUUUAUGGCCAUGGAACAUUACCCGAUGACUCCGCAGUUUAAUAAUGUGCUAUCCGUCGGAAACUUGGUGUUCACUGGCAUCUUUACAGCAGAAAUGUUCCUUAAGCUAAUAGCCAUGGAUCCUUACUAUUAUUUUCAAGAAGGCUGGAAUAUUUUUGAUGGCAUCAUUGUCAGCCUGAGUUUGAUGGAACUGGGUCUUGCCAACGUGGAAGGUCUUUCUGUCCUGAGAUCCUUCCGACUGCUUCGAGUUUUCAAAUUGGCAAAAUCUUGGCCAACAUUAAAUAUGUUGAUAAAGAUUAUUGGCAAUUCAGUUGGUGCCUUGGGAAAUCUGACCUUGGUUUUGGCCAUCAUAGUCUUCAUUUUUGCUGUGGUUGGAAUGCAGUUAUUUGGCAAAAGCUACAAGGAAUGUGUCUGCAAAAUCUCUAAUGAUUGUGAACUUCCACGCUGGCACAUGAAUGACUUUUUCCACUCUUUCUUGAUUGUCUUUCGAGUACUUUGUGGAGAAUGGAUAGAAACUAUGUGGGACUGUAUGGAGGUUGCUGGACAAACAAUGUGCCUUACUGUCUUCAUGAUGGUCAUGGUAAUUGGCAAUCUAGUGGUUUUGAACCUCUUUCUAGCCUUGCUGCUGAGCUCCUUCAGUUCAGACAAUCUUGCUGCUACAGAUGAUGACAAUGAAAUGAACAAUCUCCAGAUUGCUGUGGGGAGGAUUCAGAGAGGAAUUGAUUAUAUGAAAAGAAAAGCACGUGAAUUUGUCCAAAAGGCUUUUGUGAGGAAGCAGAAAGCUUUGGAUGAAAUCAAACCUCUUGAAGAGCUGAACAACAAGAAAGACAGCUGCAUCUCUAACCAUACCAUUGUAGAUAUUGGCAAAGACUUCAACUACCUGAAAGAUGGCAAUGGAACAACCAGUGGCAUAGGCAGCAGUGUGGAAAAAUACAUAAUUGAUGAAAGUGAUUACAUGUCAUUCAUAAACAACCCAAGUGUCACUGUGACUGUGCCCAUAGCAGUUGGAGAAUCAGAUUUUGAAAAUUUAAACACUGAAGAAUUUAGCAGUGAAUCAGAUUUGGAAGAAAGCAAAGAGCAGAGUGUGGAAGAUUAA